AUGGAAGAAAAUAAUAAGUCAGAAAAUGUAGACAUGGAAUUUAAAGUCCUACAUACUAUAAAUGAAGUAAAAACAAGAUGGAAUUCAUCUUUUUUAUCUUGGCAAAGGCUUCUUAAAUUACGCACAGCAAUUGAAUGGCUUUCCUCGACUUUACAUUUACUAGAAGAUGCUGUUGUUAAUCCAAGUAUAGAGACAUUAAAAUUUGAGUUUACUGAUGGUGAUUUGUUGAACUCACAUGAGCUGAACAAAAUAUUUAAUGAUAAUGAAACUGAAAAUCUUGGUUUUGAUGAAGAUGAAAUUUCAUCUGAUGAUGAAAGCUCUGGAGAUGACUCAAGAAACAUAAAACAAUUAAAAGCUCCAUCUUCUCAACAAAUAAUUUCUAAAGUUAAGGGAAUCAUUUAUAGCUUGCUCUGGAAUUAUUGGAGUGAUUCAGAAAAGAUUGGGCUAAUGGCUACUUUAUUAGACCCAAGAUUGAAAUUAAUGGAAGUAUGGUCAAAUGAAACAAGAGAACAAACAAUCAAAGAACUAUGUACUGAAUUCAAUACUUGGCAAAUCAAAGUUGCAAAUGAUGAUUCUUUAGAAGAAAUCCCUUCUUCAUCCACACCUUCCUUUAUGAAAAAAGUAUUUUGUCAUAGCCAAAGAAAAGUGAACCAUGAGAUUGAAAUAGAUAAUUAUUUAAACAAAAUGAUAACUCCAACACAACCUGAAAGAAUUGAUGUUUAUCAAUGGUGGAAUAACAAUCGAAAUUCUUUUCCUAUUCUUAAAAGAUUUGUUCACUACCCGGUUGACCCGUCAGGUAGACCUGUGGGCCACCCAGGUGAAGUUUUUUAG